AUGAGCGUGGCAGGACAGAUAGAGUCCGGUGUGGUGACCCUGAUGAACGCAGACGUGGAGCGCAUCGCUACCGGCCUCCGCCAGUCUCAGGAGUUGUGGGCUAGCCUGCUGGAAAUCCCACUCUCGGUGUGGUUACUUUCGAGACAGAUCAGCUGGGCCGCGCUGGCCCCGCUUGGAGUUAUCUUGAUAUGCACGAGUGGCGCCCUUGGAUCGGCGCCCAAGCUCAUAUCCUCGCAGAAGUCGUGGUUGGAUCGAAUCCAAGCCCGCGUUAACACGACGACUGCCAUGAUCGGCCUCAUCAAGCCGGUCAAGAUGACUGCCCUCACCCCUGAAUUGGAAAAGAAUAUUACUGAGCUCCGCGAGAGGGAAGUCGAGAACUCCGACGUCUUCCGCCGGAUGCUGGUCACAAUCACAACUUUCUCCGACCGAGCCCUCACCUCCCUCGUCUUGAUGAACUUGCUCUUCGAACCGGUAGCGUUCUUCAUCACGGCAAAGAGAUCCUCAGAUGAGGUCGAGAAAGGGACUAUGAGUUCCUUGUCCGCGGAGCAAUUAGAAGCCGGGGAGGCAGCCAAGGGUGACGGUUCUUCCAGCUGCGUUGUCGUGGCGGCAAAGGCAAGGUGUGGAUGGAAUGAGACCACGCCGCCAGUCCUCGAGGGCCUCGACUUUCGGGUCAAGAAGGGAUCUCUGACGAUGGUGGUCGGCCCUUCACUUGCUCGGGCACUUUAUGCUCGUCGCAGUCUCAUUCUGAUUGAUGAUGCUUUGAGUGGGUUGGAUGCAUCGACCGAAGAAAUCGUUUUUGAGUCCCUCUUCGGCGCCAAGGGUCUCCUGAGAGGGAACGAUACCACAGUCAUUUUGGUGACGAAUUCAGUCCGUCGCUUUGCCCAGGCUGACCACAUAAUUGCGCUGGGUCGGGACGGCACAAUUGCGGAACAAGGCACGUUCGAUGAUUUGUCUCGUGCGAACGGCUACGUGUCAGUCCUCAAUAAAGAGGAAAAUACUCCGCCAGAACGCCAUGAAGCCGAGAAAAGGUCUUCAAAAAUGCCUUGCUCACUAGGCUCGGGCCGAGCCAAGAGCUCAUCCGACGACAAGGCCGAUUCUCAUCCGGCCGCAUCACUUGGACAUCUGGGCAUUUAUGGCUAUUAUAUCCGGACCUUUGGCUGGACCCGUUGGGUUGUCUUCUGGAUCUUCUGUGCCCUCUAUGGAUUCGGCACAGCAUUUCCCAGCGUCUGGGUGAAAUGGUGGACCUCGUAUAACGAAGAACAUCCUCACUCAAAGAUUGCCUACUACCUCGCCCUGUACGCCAUCUUCGCUGCCUUUGGUGUGGCUGCACUUGCUCUCGCCGCUUCGACAAUGGUCAUGACAAUGGUUCCACGGGCAGCAAGGACGCUUCAUCAACGAUUGUUGACCACCGUCCUGUCCGCGCCCAUGUCAUUUUUUGCGUCCACUGACACCGGCGCCAUCACCAAUCGAUUCAGCCAGGACCUCGAGCUAAUCGACAUGGAGCUUCCGGUGGCACUUGUGCGGUCGGCGAUGAUGGCAUGCCUUCUAGUUGCACAGCUCGUGGUCAUACUUGUCUCGGCGAAAUAUGUUGGCAUUGCCCUGCCAUGUGCCAUAGCAGUCGUUUACUUCGUGCAGAUGUUCUACUUGCGCACCUCUCGGCGCCUGAGACUUCUGGAUAUCGAAGCCAAGGCCAGGCUGGGCACCAAGUUUCUGGAACUUCUCAGCGGCCAGGUCACCAUCCGUGCGUUCCAGUCGGAAGGUAGACAGCUUUCACAAUUCAUGCAGGCCCUCAACUCGGCACAAAAGCCUUUCUACCUCUUGUACUGUGUACAGCGGUGGUUAAACAUGGUUCUCGACUUAAUCGUGGGCUCUAUCGCCAUUCUGAUUGUCAUUAUAGCGGUGAAAGGCAAAGGCCACACUGACGCCUCUAUGACGGGCCUGGCGCUCGUGAACCUCGUCAGCUUCGCACAAAUGCUGAAGCAACUCAUCUCGAACUACACCUUGCUAGAGACAUCUAUGGGGGCGUUGGCACGAGUGCGCACAUUCACCACUGAGACCAAAUCUGAGAAUUCACCGGGCGACAAAGACUAUAAAAUCCCAGAGGAGUGGCCGUCCCUUGGUGGCAUCGAGUUCCGUAAUGUUACCGCGAGUUACAAGAAUAUUGCUCGAGUCGGUGAUAAUUCAAGCGACGAGAAGGCGAACUGCAUGCCAACACUGAACAACCUUUCUUUCUCCAUUGAGCCAGGAACUCGGGUGGCCCUGUGCGGGCGUACCGGCAGCGGUAAGAGUAGCAUCAUCUUGUCGUUGCUGAGGAUGUUGGACCUUGAAUCGGGCUGCAUCACCAUCGAUGGCCUGGACAUCAGCAACAUACCACGACAGGUGGUACGAAGUCGACUCAUUGCCAUGCCACAAGACCCAUUCGUGCUCCUGGGAACGGUGCGAGACAACGUCGACCCCCUUGGCACGGCCACGGAUGAAGAAGUCAAAGCGGCGCUGAGCCAAGUACGACUGUUGGAUGUUCUCGAGAUGGCCAAGCGAGACAGUGGCGGUGACGAAGAAGGAGACGACCUACAAAGCUCCGUGUUAAAUAUGCCAUUGACGGUGGACAUGUUGUCGCACGGUCAGCGUCAGCUACUCUGUCUCGCGCGCACCUUUGUUCGCAAGUCUUCCGUUCUCAUCCUGGAUGAGCCCACUGCGUCCCUUGACUCCCAAACCAAUGCCUUCGUGCAGAAGAUCAUUCGUUCCGAAUUUCAAAAUCACACCAUCAUCGCCGUAGCUCACCGGCUAGAUACCAUCAUGGAUUUCGACGUCGUGUUUGUGCUGGAUCAAGGUCAGGUGGUCGAGAGUGGCAGGCCCGUGGAUUUGGUACAGAGGGACUCGAGGUUCAAAGAGCUGUUCCAGAUGCAGAGGGGACAACAGCAACAGUAG